AUGCUGGUUGUCUUAAAAUACACACUGGCGGGGCAGCCAUGCAAGAGCUUACAGGCCCAGCUCGGAGCACUGGAGUUGCCCAGGGGACGGGCAUGGAGUGAGCAGGAGAGACAGAGGAUCCCGCAGAUAAGUUAUGCGUCAACAGCCCCGGAGCUGAGUGAUGACAGGCGUUAUGACUUUUUCUCGAGAGUGGUUCCCCCAGACUCAUUCCAGGCCCAGGCCAUGGUGGACAUUAUCCGAGCACUGGGCUGGACCUAUGUCUCCACCAUCGCCUCAGAAGGCAGCUAUGGAGAGAAGGGAGUGGAGGCCUUCACGCAACUCUCCAAGGAAGCAGUCAUCAUCUUUGCCAGCGAAGAAGACAUUCGGGGAGUUCUCAAUGCUACCAAGAGGGCCAAUCAGGUAGGCCAUUUCCUGUGGAUCGGAUCUGACAGCUGGGGGUCCAAAAGCAGCCCCAUCCACCAGCUGGAGGAUGUAGCAGUGAGUGCAGUCACCAUACUGCCCAAACGCUCCUCCAUCAAAGGAUUUGAUGAAUACUUCACCGGUCUUACCCUGGAGAACAAUCGGAGGAAUGUAUGGUUUGCUGAGUUUUGGGAGGAAAACUUUGACUGUAGGCUGCUCAGUGCCUCAAAGAGAGAAGAUAGCCGUAAAUGCACAGGCCAAGAGCGCAUUGGGAUCGACUCCAAGUACGAGCAGGAGGGGAAGGUGCAGUUUGUGAUAGACGCAGUGUACGCCAUGGCCCACGCUCUACACAACAUGCACAGGGACCUAUGUCCCGAUCACCCCUCCGUUUGUCCACAAAUGGAGGUUACAGACGGAAAGGCCCUACUGAGGUACAUACGGAACACCAGCUUCAACGGCAGCGCUGGCACCUCUGUCGUAUUUAACAAGAACGGCGAUGCUCCAGGACGCUAUGACCUGUUCCAGUUCCAGAUGACCAACUCCUCCACCCCAGAGUACAAGGUUGUGGGACAGUGGGUGGAGACCCUCCAGCUCAGGAUGGAGGAGCUUCAGUGGCCAGAUGGGGAGCAAGAGGUGCCCAUCUCAGUGUGCAGUCUGCCCUGCAAAACAGGGCAGAGGAAGAAGAAAGUGAAGGGCAUGCCAUGCUGCUGGCACUGUGAGCUGUGUGAUGGCUACCAAUACCAGUACGACGAGACUUCCUGCAGACUCUGUUCCUACAACAUGAGGCCCAAUUCCAACAGAACCACCUGCCAGCCCAUCCCAAUCAUCAAACUUGAGUGGCACUCUCCGUGGGCGAUAAUCCCCGUCUUCUUGGCUAUGCUCGGUAUCAUUGCCACCAUCUUCGUGAUGGCGACUUUUGUGCGCUACAAUGAUACGCCGAUUGUGCGCGCUUCCGGCAGAGAGCUGAGCUACGUGCUGCUGACAGGCAUCUUUCUCUGUUACAUCAUCACCUUCCUCAUGAUCGCCAAGCCCGACGUAGCUGUGUGUGCCUUCCGGAGGAUCUUCCUGGGCCUGGGCAUGUGCAUCAGCUACGCCGCUCUGCUCACCAAGACCAACCGAAUCUAUCGGAUCUUCGAGCAGGGCAAGCAAACGGUCACGGCUCCUCGUUUCAUCAGCCCCACCUCCCAGAUCGCCAUCACUUCCAGUUUGAUCUGCGUGCAGCUGCUAGGGGUGCUGGUGUGGUUCGCCGUUGACCCGCCAAACACCAUUAUUGACUAUGAUGAGCAGAGAACCAUAAACCCCAUGUUGGCCCGCGGCGUGCUGAAGUGUGACAUCACCGACCUCCAGAUCAUCUGCUCAUUGGGCUACAGCAUUCUGCUGAUGGUGACCUGCACUAUCUACGCUAUCAAGACGAGGGAUGUACCGGAGGACUUCAAUGAGGCCAAGCCCAUUGGCUUCACGAUGUACACCACCUGCAUAGUGUGGCUGGCCUUCAUCCCGAUUUUCUUUGGCACGGCCCAGUCGGCGGAGAAGCUGUACAUUCAGACCACUACCCUGACCAUCUCUAUGAACCUCAGUGCCUCAGUAGCACUGGGCAUGCUCUACAUGCCCAAGGUGUACGUCAUUAUCUUCCAUCCUGAGCUGAAUGUACAGAAGAGGAAACGGAGCUUUAAGGCUGUGGUCACCGCUGCUACAAUGUCAUCCCGUCUGUCCCAAAAGCCCAACGAGAGGCCCAACGGAGAAGCAAAGACUGAGCUCUGUGAGAACCCUGCUGCCGACCCCAUGAGUAAGUUGCCCUGCGUGGACACACAGCCUCAAAUUGAAGAGACGUUGCCAUGGAAGCUCAUUGCUCAUGUUGUCAGGGUGAAGAUAGGGAAGAUUGACAGCUCAUUGAAAUCACACUUCCAGGCUUCCAAGACCUCUCUUUCCCACAACACCUUUAAUAGCGCCCAGAUAUCACAACACCCACAGGUGCACCAUCCCCUGAACCCCUCUCUGAAUUAUGCCUCAGAGGCGACAGAUUUUCCUGAGAAUUUCUCCAAACACCCAACAGUUGUCACGCUCAUCUGUCAUGAGUGCAACCAGCGUGCAUGUCAGUGCAUGUGUGGUUUCCGGUGUGUGACUGAGUGUAUGAGGGGAGCGCAUGUCCCAUCAGCCCUGCACGAGAUGACUCCGAGUCAAGCCACCAAGAAAACAUAUUUUUCAUGUCAGUUUGGUCCAGCCACGCAUUUGAGGAAAGCCUUCGUUAUCUUGUCAGAGCUCCUGAUGCGCUCUUUCACAGACAAUUUACUGAUGCUGAGUCUAGAUUAG